CUCUCUGGCGUCUCCGGAGCCGAAGUGACAGGCGGCUCUAUAGCUGGCCGCUCCGCGCAACGGCUACAGGGGCACCGAGCAGGGAGAGAGACACAGCCAGAGAGGGAGAGAGAGAGAGACAGCCCAAUUCAAUUUACGCAGCAUUGACAAAAAAAUAAAACAACAAUCCGCAUUUGUGACCGCGUAGGGUUAAUAUUGCAGCGAAAUCCACAGACCCUGAAAUACACAUUUCGAGUAGUUAUUUAAGAUUAUUCCGCCGGUUCAUCGAUUUUAUUGACGCCGAAGGAAAGUGACAUCGAUUCUGUGAGCGUCCGUCGCUCGACUGGAUCUCUUCAUGGAAGACGGCUGAGAGGGAGAGAGGUCGGACCGGUAAGGACAGGCUACGAUCAUUUAUCUUCGCCGCUUGUACUUAAAUCAUAAAUAAACACAGAGGCAGCCCUCAUGGCUGCCUCCAGACAAGACCAUCUUUAAGCAUGUUGUCGUUCGCCCUCAGAGACUCGGAAACCCCUCCGAAAUGAGAAGUGUGGAGGAUUCGUCAUUGCUGCGGAUUUAAAUGCCUCUCUCCAAGAGGGCACGGAGGACCGCUUAUUUCGGACAAGUUCACGCGUGUUGUCGUGUGUGCUGUACGCCGUAGACCCCAGUUUACGAUUCAUAUGUUACCCUGCUGAAAUACACACGGACUCAAAUCCGUUGGGCAAGAAGAAUCGAAGGUGAAGAGGAGGAAUUUUUUUUAUUAUUUUUUCCCCCUAAGCAACAUGGCUGGCGAGUGGGGCUGGGGACGGUGGCACGGACUCUCCAAGGCGCCUCGAUGCUAGCCGAAGCAGGUGGUCCCGUCCCCCGUGGAAGCGGCAGCUCUAUGAGGACAAACAGUAUUAACUCUAAUAAUAUACACAAGGACUCCUCGAUCUUCAUGUCUAAGAUGGAAGACGUGGUCAUCCCGUUCUCCUCCGAAGUCCCCUGCGACAAUAAUGGACAGCGCAUGUGGUGGGCAUUCCUCGCCUCCUCCAUGGUGACGUUUUUCGGGGGUCUCUUCAUAAUUCUGCUGUGGAGGACACUUAAGUAUCUGUACACGGUGUGCUGCCACUGCAACAUCAAACCCAAGGAGGUCCAGAAGCUGACCAACCCCGUGGUUAUUCAGGCAGACGGGACGAUCAAGGCAGAUGAGAAGGAGGAAGUGCCCAUGAGCGAGGUGGGGUGGAUGACCUCAGUCAAGGACUGGGCGGGAGUCAUGAUAUCUGCCCAGACGCUCACCGGCCGAGUGCUAGUUGUGUUGGUGUUUGCACUCAGCAUCGGUGCCCUUGGCAUAUACUUCAUAGAUUCUUCAGACCCUAUAGAGUCCUGUCAGAACUUCUACAAAGACUUCACGUUACAGAUCGACAUGGCCUUCAACGUCUUCUUCCUCCUGUACUUUGGUUUGCGGUUCAUCGCGGCCAACGAUAAGCUGUGGUUCUGGUUGGAGGUCAACUCUGUGGUGGACUUCUUCACCGUGCCCCCUGUGUUUGUCUCCGUAUACUUGAACAGAAGCUGGCUUGGUUUAAGAUUCCUGAGGGCGCUGAGGUUGAUACAGUUCUCCGAGAUUUUACAGUUUCUGAAUAUAUUGAAAACAAGCAAUUCCAUCAAGCUAGUGAACCUGUGCUCCAUCUUCAUCAGCACAUGGCUAACAGCCGCUGGAUUCAUACAUCUGGUGGAAAACUCAGGGGAUCCAUGGGAAGACUUCAAGAACUCCCAGUCUCUCUCGUACUGGGAGUGUGUGUACCUGCUGAUGGUCACCAUGUCCACAGUGGGCUACGGAGAUGUCUAUGCAAAGACCACGUUGGGACGGCUGUUCAUGGUGUUUUUCAUCCUCGGCGGUCUGGCCAUGUUUGCCAGCUACGUCCCUGAAAUCAUAGAGUUAAUAGGAAACCGCAAGAAAUAUGGCGGUUCCUAUAGUGCUGUUAAUGGAAGAAAGCAUAUUGUGGUCUGUGGUCAUAUUACUCUCGAAAGUGUCUCCAACUUCCUCAAAGACUUCCUACACAAGGACAGGGAUGAUGUCAAUGUAGAAAUUGUUUUUCUCCAUAAUAUUUCCCCUAAUCUUGAGCUGGAAGCCUUGUUCAAACGCCACUUUACCCAAGUGGAGUUCUACCAGGGAUCUGUUCUCAACCCUCAUGAUCUAGCAAGAGUGAAGAUCGAGUCUGCAGAUGCCUGCUUAAUUCUAGCCAAUAAAUACUGUGCAGAUCCAGAUGCAGAGGAUGCAUCGAACAUAAUGAGGGUCAUUUCGAUCAAGAACUAUCAUCCCAGAAUCAGAAUAAUCACACAAAUGUUGCAAUACCAUAACAAGGCCCAUCUGUUGAACAUCCCCAGUUGGAACUGGAGAGAGGGUGAUGAUGCCAUAUGUCUGGCUGAGCUGAAGGCAGGCUUCAUAGCCCAGAGUUGUCUGGCCCAAGGCCUGUCUACCAUGCUAGCCAACCUCUUCUCUAUGAGGUCCUUCAUCGAGAUUGAAGAAGACACAUGGCAGAAGUAUUACCUGGAAGGAGUCGCCAAUGAGAUGUACACCGAGUAUCUGUCCAAUGCCUUCGUGGGCUUGUCCUUCCCUACAGUCUGUGAACUUUGUUAUGUGAAGCUGAAGCUGUUGCUAAUUGCCAUCGAAUACAAGUCGGAGCAGAGAGAGAGCAGCAUCCUCAUCAACCCAGGAAACCACGUCAAACUACAGGAAGGAACUCUGGGGUUCUUUAUUGCUAGUGAUGCCAAAGAAGUAAAGAGGGCAUUUUUCUACUGCAAAGCUUGCCAUGACGACAUCACUGACGCUAAACGAAUUAAAAAAUGUGGCUGCAAACGACUGAUUUAUUCCAAGAUGUCCAUCUGCAAGCGAAUGAAACUGGCAUGUUGUUUUGAUUGCGGCCGCUCAGCGACCGAGUGCUCGUGCAUGUCAGGCAGUGUACAUAGUAACGCGGACAGCCUGCAGCGGGCCUACCCCCUUUCCUCUGUCUCUGUUCAUGAUUGCGCAACCACCUUACGUGCCUCCAAAUAUAAGUAUAAUGGAUAUGUCACAUCAACAGCAGAUGGCGCUACAACACCAGGCAACAGUGGGGGUCAGAAAGAGGCUGGUGUUCGGUUCAAAGCUGAUUGCAAUUUAGUUGAGGACGAGCACCCGUCAACUCUCUCGCCCAAAAAAAAGCAGCGCAACGGAGGCAUGCGCAACUCCCCCAACUGCUCUCCCAAGAUGAUGAGCAGACACGACCCGCUGCUCAUCCCCGGGAACGAGCAGAUCGAGAACAUGGACAUGAGCGUGAAGAAGUACGACUCCACGGGCAUGUUCCACUGGUGCCCCUCCAAGGAGAUCGAGAAGGUCAUCCUGACCCGGAGCGAGGCGUCGAUGACGGUCCUGAGCGGUCAUGUAGUGGUCUGUAUAUUUGGAGAUGUCACGUCCGCUUUGGUGGGGCUGCGAAACCUGGUGAUGCCUCUGAGAGCCAGCAACUUUCACUAUCACGAGCUCAAGCCCAUCGUGUUUGUGGGCUCACUGGACUACCUGCGCAGGGAGUGGGAGACCUUACACAACUUCCCAAAGGUCUCCAUAUUGCCCGGUACUCCACUGAGCCGGGCUGAUUUACGAGCUGUCAACAUCAACCUCUGCGACAUGUGUGUCAUACUGUCGGCCAAUCAGAACAACAUUGACGACGUCUCGCUGCAGGACAAAGAGUGCAUCCUGGCGUCGCUCAACAUAAAGUCUAUGCAGUUUGAUGACAGUAUCGGGGUCUUGCAGGCAAAUUCCCAGGGUUUCACGCCUCCCGGAAUGGACCGGUUAUCUCCAGACAGCAGUCCAGUACAUGGCCUCGUCCGCCAGGCCUCCGUCACCACCGGAGCCAACAUCCCCAUCAUCACAGAGCUAGCUAAACCUGGCAAACUCCAGCCAUUGAUUUCAUUGAGUCAGGAAGCAAAAUGUGGACUCAACAUACACAUGAUAACGGAGCUGGUGAACGACUCCAACGUUCAGUUCCUGGACCAAGACGACGACGACGACCCCGACACGGAGCUGUACCUCACGCAGCCCUUCGCCUGCGGCACCGCCUUCGCCGUCAGCGUGCUCGACUCCCUCAUGAGCGCAACGUACUUCAACGACAACAUCCUGACGUUGAUCCGUACCCUGGUGACGGGCGGGGCCACCCCUGAGCUGGAGGCCCUGCUGGCGGAGGAGAACGCCCUACAGGGGGGCUACAGCACCCCGCAGACUCUGGCCAACCGCGACCGCUGUCGCGUGGCCCAGCUGGCCCUCUACGACGGGCCCUUCGCCGACCUGGGGGAUGGCGGUUGCUACGGUGACCUGUUCUGUAAAGCGUUGAAGACGUACAACAUGCUGUGCUUUGGGAUCUACAGAUUAAGGGACGCUCAUAUGACUUCACCAAGCGGUUGCACGAAACGGUACGUGAUCACCAACCCGCCGUACGACUUUGAGCUGGUGCCCACCGACCUGAUCUUCUGCCUCAUGCAGUUCGACCACAAUGCGGGCCAGUCCCGGGCCAGCCUCUCCCACUCCUCCCAUUCCUCCCAUUCUUCCAGCAAAAAGAGCUCUUCCGUCCACUCCAUCCCCAACCCCAGCAGUCGACAGAACCGGAGCAGCAAGAGUCGGGAGGCGCGGGACAAACAGAAUGCAACAAGGAUGAGUAGAAUGGGCCAAGAAAAGAAAUGGUUUACAGAUGAACCAGAGAACGCCUACCAACGGAACAUUCAGAUAAAGCCCAUGAACACCCACAUGGCUAACCAAGUCAACCAAUACAAAUCCACUAGUAGUCUGAUUCCACCAAUCAGAGAAGUUGAAGACGAAUGCUGAAGCACACCAGGUUCUUUGAAGACUUGGGGAGAAAAAAAUCCAGAGAAUCUUUUUCCGAGAUUGCAGGAGACGAACUGAUGAAUGAAGGAAUGAUAGGACGAAGGUGACAGUGACGACGAUGAUGACGAUGAUGAUGAUGUUGUUUGCGAUGGAUGACAUGCCUCCUUACUCACCUUCCAGAAGUAUAUUUUGGAAGAGGAACACACACACCUCGAAGGGACCUUCUAUGUGUAUUACCUUUAAUGUAACUUUUCACGCUCUCUGACAUUUGUUUUUAUUUAUUAAUGUGUUCAUAGACAUGUACAUAUCGACAAUCAGAAAGAAGGAUUGUACAGCCCCUCCACCCCCCCUAGCACUUUUUUUGGAAUAAUUUUGAGGAGAGAGAAGAAGAAACAAACAAAAAAAAAAAGAGUACUUCCUGAAAUUCUUUGCAAUAGUUCACCUCCUUUGUGUUGCCGGACCCCCCGCUCUUCAGAGGGGGAGGAGGAGUCGGGGCUGCGGCAGUAGGUUGCUCUUCCCACCAUCACCCGAAGAUACCCCACCACCCCCCAACACCACCCAACACCAUCCCAGAACGAGUCUUCUUCAAACGGAGGGGUUCCUCGCUGUCUCGCUUCUCUCAUGUCCGCCUUUGUUUUCAGUUGCUCCAAAAAAAUUAUGAAAAUUCAUCUGACCAGACCACCAACCCCAACUACCACCACCACCUCCCCCUUUCCCUCCACCAACCCCUCCAGCUUUGGAAAUAACAUCAACAGAAGAGUGUCAAGUGAAGAAAUGAUUGGCUUGGAUAGAUGAAGAGGCAGCUCACAAACGGCUUUGUUUGUUGGUGUUAGUGGGGCAGUGGUGAUGGUGUUGGCGGGAGGUGGUGGCGCCGCAUUGGACGCUACGCUACGUCACCUGCUAGCGUCCUUUCAGCCCCAACUGAGCAAAAAAAAAUAUAUUCGUGUUCAGGAAUUCAUGUAAUUGAAUGCAAAGUGUUUGUUGGGAAUGUGUUGUCUGCAAGAAGAACGCAACCCCCCAUCCACUCCUCGUCUCCCUCCCCACCACCAUCCCCUCUUGUCCUGGGAGCGUCAUGCUAGCCGUUAUGCUAGCCGUCAUGCUAGCUGUGGCUCAUCCAGCGCUGUGUCGCAUGACAUGUGCCAGAGCUCGGCUGUUGUAAAGCGAUAAGUGCAGUUGAUCAACUUGAACUAAAAUACAUGAGAGGCACGGCACAUACUCUUACCUAGCUGUGUCCCUUCAUGGGUUCAGCAAUGUUUCCGGCAUUUGUACAUGCCAUCUGUGUGUUAAUGUGUGGGGUGUGUGCCUGUGUGUGUGUGUGUGCGUGUUUGAGUGUCACAAAACACGUUUUUCCCUUCUUCGCUGGCUAGUGCUGUCUCACCUUUCCCCUUGUCCGCCUGUGUGAGCAGGUGUGGCUUUGUGGGAACCGCAUGCUGGAUCGAGGGUCUAAUGUGGCAGCCACGGCAAAAAGAAACAAGCCUCUAACCCAUCCAAAUGCGCUAGUAGAUUGACAACCGCAAUGUGUUGCAUAAUCCGCACCACAAAAGAAAACACUACUCCCAACUAGGAUUGAGCUAUGUUAUGGUCAGAAGCAGCUGUUCAGCCCAGUUUGGGCAUCAACAUACCUCCUCCAUUGACAGCAGAAACGGGGGCGUUAAACAGGAAAACAGCAGAGUUGUACAUCCUCUGAAUGUUUUUGUCUGUUCUUAAAAUCGAACGGCGAGUCGUAAAAAUGCCACAUAUUGCAUAAAAGUGGGCUUUUUAAUGGGCCCUCCUCUGAUCAGAGUCACUGCCUGGCAUAGGGUUGGCACAGAGGCAAUAAAGAGCUUGGAUGUUCUCUGUUGCCAACCCAGAUGUCAUUCGCCACUAAAACCCAAACCUGCUGCAUUCACGACCUUAACAUACGAACAGCUCAAUCAUAGUUGGGGAGAAAAAAAAAAGUGGAGGCUUCCGAAUGAGAGCUUAGAGUUGGAGUUGUGUGUGUGUGUUCCGCGUACUGCCGUUGUGGCAUGAGAGGCUGGUGUCUUUGUUGCACAUGGCAAGGCUUCGUCAGAUCCAUAUUUCCACUGUGAUCGCGGUGAAGGGGUAGGGCAAAGGAGGCGUGACGGGGGGGCCUCGGCUUGGAGCUACUGAACUAGUAACCUUCACUACAAAUGGAUUUAUAAAAAGAACGUAUAGACAUGAUUAUUUUGUAUCCAUGAGCAUAGUCAUUUUGUACUUAUUUUUAUACAUAGUUUUAAAAAAGAAGCGCUAAAGAAAAAUAACGAAUGAUUCCAACGGCAUCAUUCAUUUCGACGGCGCAUCAGAGCAUUGUGUUAAAAAAGAUAUUAAUAUCUGCUUGGUAACAUGCUAAAACUAACAAAGUAAGUACUACAGGUUUUUAGUUGAGUUUUGACAAAAUCCAGAUUACGAUCACUGUUCCUCACCCAACAGCCUAACAUGUCUGCUUACUGCCUGUAGAAACACAAUGGUGUGAUCUAGCUAAAUAUCUUUUGCUUCAACAGAUUGAUAAUCAUUGUGAGCAUUCAGUGUGGCGUACCUACGACUUGAAAGAAUGCGUGCGAAUGAACGUUUUACUAAGACGUGGUAAAUCACAAGAUUUAUCCAAGAGUGAGAAGGGGAAAGGGGAUAUUGCAAGUGAGUCUUCUUAAAAACUUACAGGAACGACCCUGUAUAUGGGAAAUCUGAAAAAUUGAAUCUGAAAUUGACCUAAAUUAGGUCACAGUCAGGCUGGAGAGCAUUGGAGGUGUGUGAGCUUUUGUGUGUGAGUCGAUAAACACACAGAAAAAGAAAAGGCAGUAAAAGUGACAGGGAGGCAGUAAGCAUUUGACAAUGGCGAUCCCUUAGCCAAGAUAUUUUACUUCAUAGCUUGUAAAAGAAAAUAAAAGCAGCAUUUUUAGAAUGAGGUUAAAAAAAAAUUACGUUAAAACAUAAUGUUGUGAUAAUAACUAUGUUGUGUAAGUUCAACCCAUUUUAUAGACCGCAUUUCUUUCUCUAACCAAACGAUCUGAGCUUUAAUGUCCGUCUAUUGGGUGUGGUGCAACUUUAACACAUUGUCCUGAAGUGAACUCUUGAACUGUAAUUACAUCAUCGUCACAUUUUGUAGCAAAUAGAUUUCUUUAGAGAAAUAGAAGAAAAACAAACAAACAUGUGAAUAAAAUGUAUGUAUAAUUGGGUUUGUGCAUAGCAUAACUUGCUAGCCUAAAACAAUAAGUAAAAAUGAAUAUUUGAUAUCAUUGCAAUGGCUCGAAUACAUAGAAUCGACAGGUAUAAAAAGCCCAAUUUGAACCUUCCUUUUACAGGACUUUAGUAUAGAAAAGGAGAAUGAAACGAAAGCAUGGGACGGUUUAUAAAAAUGCCAGGUUUGAAUUUAUUUUCAGCAAUGCUUAAAAAGACAGAGAACACCCUUAAUUUUGUUGUGUUCUUAUGUAAAAGAAAAAAAACCUUUUUACUGCAGGGUACACAUUCCAUGUUUUCGGCUGUUGUCAUCGUGCGUCUCUUCAUAUUACCCACACAUUGUAAAAAAAGAACAGAAAACUAUCACAACUGAUAUGUUUACAGGUUUUUCUUACUUUUUCACCAAUGUACAGGUAACCGAAACAUCGUGUUUUAAGAAAAAGAAAAAAAUGUAAUUUAAACCAUCCAGCGCGACCAUUACACGCUAGUCCAAUAUCUCACAAUUUCUCAUCUCGUUACGCUCGAUCGCUAAACAACGUACCCCUCGAUUUGAAGCUCACUCGGGCGGGAAAAGUAUUAUCAAUGCCGCAGUCCCCCCUCCCUCCAUGGUAUGUGAACACAUGUACAACCGCGGUCUUUCUUCCUUUAUGUGUACGUCUUUGUCCUUGACUAUAUAUCUAUACGUAUGCCUCUAAACAAACGUUUUGGAGUGUCUUUUGAAGUGCCAUGAGAAGUUUCUGUUUUCGCGUCCCGAGGCGUCCCUUCAGUCAUUCGCUAAUAGUAAGAGACCGAGGAGAGUCCCGGUUGAGUUUUUAUCCAGGUUAGAAUGGCGUCAUACUGGCAUGGGGAACAUCCAAGCCAUCCAUGCCUCCAUGCCAGUACAGUGCCAGGCAGUGCAGAGCUACGACUCUACAGGAGGUCCCAUUUUCUGUAAGCCCCACUAUUGCGAAAAGUGGCAUUUGAAGCGGCUCGGGUGGAACCGCAGAUAGACCUAUCUGUAUGUCCCCCCCACCCCCCCACCCCACAAGCUGUGAGGAGAAUAUCCUAUUGUCCCUGUUCUGUGAGGGACACUGUUGUACAUUGACAGUGCAAGGCGUGGUAUUGAAGUGAGGUUUAGUGUGUCGAAACUACGAAUGACUGAAGGACGCUCGUGGUCAACGCGGAUCAACUGGGCCCAUGACAUGUUUUCUGUGUCCACGUCACAAAAUGGAGUCUACUACACAUGAUGUGUUGCUAUGCUACUACAGUAUGCUGCAUUCUUUUUUGUCAAGCUAUUUUCCUGCUGUAAAUGAUGGAUAUAAUAACUUAUUUGCUGGGAAUUGUACUAUAUAUAUAAUAGAAUUUAUGAAACUGGGGGUCGAGGGGGUUGGAUUUAAGUCUUAACCCAUUUAAAUUGCAUUUUGCAAUUUUUAUGUUGCUUUUUUUUGAGGAAAAAAUGAAACUUGCCGAUUUCUUUUGGUGUUUUUUUUAAAUUAUUUUGGCAGAUUUCCGUUCAGGAAGAAUUCAACUCCCUGCUCUCAUGAAUCACAUAUCGAUAUGUUGGCGCAUCAUUAAUGCAGGAAACUGAGUUUUUUUUUCAUAGUCUACUUAGUUUUGGAUUUGUUGAAGAUAUAAUGAUAACUGGAUAAUUUGAUGGUGCUGAGUUGAUCUACCUGACUCUGUCAAAUAUAAUCUGAAGAUAAAUAUACUGUCUUGUACAAAAAGUUUGUACAUAUACUGUACAUGGUUUCUUUUUGUAUUUUCUCAAAUUAAAAUGGAUGUAUUUGUGUUCUAAAAAAAAUAAAUCUCCUCAUAUUUCAUUCCA